AUGGGUAAGAUGUUGGUCUGUUUUGUGUUUCUCUGUCUGUUGAGCUAUGGUGACUGUGGAGGUCUCCACCUUCAAGGAGAUUAUAUCAUCUCUGGCUGGUUCCCUCUCCAUAAUUCAGAUUCCACCAUCCCAUCGACACCUUACCUGACUGACUGCACACAAGGCUUGACCAAUAAGCAUGGUUAUCAUCUGGUGCAGGCCUUCAGAUAUGCCAUGGACGAAAUUAACAACGGCACCCAGAAUAAGCAGCUACUUCCAGGGGUCACGCUGGGCUACCGGACAUAUGAUUUAUGCUCCCUCCCAGCCAGCAAUCUGGCCACCUUGGAUCUGCUGGCACAACAGGACGACAGUUCAGCUGUAGACAGCCGUACUGUGGCCAUCAUCGGUCCUGACAGCAGUUCCUACUCUUUCACACCAUCCGCUGCUCUUGGUGCAUUCCUGGUCCCUCAGAUCUCCUACGAGGCAUCAAAUGAAUUGCUGAGCAACAAGAUCCUCUAUCCAGCUUUCUUCCGCACCAUUCCCAGUGACAAAAACCAAGUCAGCGCAAUGAUACAAAUUCUCGUCAGAUUUAACUGGACCUGGAUCGCUCUUCUCGGUAGUGACAAUCCAUAUGGUAUACAAGGAAUGCAAGGCCUAUCCCAGCAAGCUUCACUUUACAAUUUAUGUAUUGCAUAUCAAGCCGAGAUACCCGCUGUAACUAACAAGACGAAGCAAUACAUGCAAGACAUGGUCAAAAACAUCCUCAAAACCAAAGUCAACACUAGAGUUGUCUUUGCCAAUAAGAGGCGGGCCGCUGGCUUCUUUCCUUUUGUUAUCGACCAAAACGUGACAGGAAAAGUGUGGAUUGGGACAGAGGAUUGGUCGGUGGCGUCAACAGUGAGUAGUAUCCCAGGGAUCAGUACGAUAGGGACUGUCCUCGGUGUCGCAGUCCAAUAUACUGAAUUUAGUGGUUUUGACGAUUUUGAAAGGCUUUCUGUGCCCAGGCUGAAAGACACUGGUUUAAAAAGUCCAUUCAACCACAGUGUCCCUUGUAUGCAAAAUACAAACCUUUAUGAAAUAGCGAUUCAAGGCUUUUCUAUGUCACAGUAUGACAUUGUUUCCUCCUUUAACGUGUAUAAGGCCGUGUACGCGGUGGCUCAUGCGCUGCACAACAUCCUGCAAUGUGACUCUGGACUGUGUCAGAAAUAUAAGGUGCAGCCAUGGGAGGUAUUUCAUCAGCUGAAACGAGUUCGGUUUUCAAUUCGAAAUACAUCAUUUUAUUUUGAUAAGAAUGGAGACCCUCCUACAGGUUAUGAUAUAGUGACGUGGGUAUGGACAGACGGCCAGUGGUCAUUUAAGGUGGUGGGAAAUUACAGUCCAGUUCCAACUGAACUUCAGUUAGACACCUCUCAGAUUAAAUGGACAGGUCAAGUGUCUCCUGUAACCAAGGUUCCUGAGUCACUGUGUUCUCCAGAGUGUCCUUACGGACACAGAAAGCUCAUGACCGGACAGCAUAAGUGUUGCUUUGACUGCAUGGCAUGCCCUGCUGCCACUUUCCUCAACAAAACAGGUUACACUUUCUGCCAAGUGUGUGCCAGAGACUACUGGUCUGAAGCAGAGAGUGAGACGUGUAAGAAGAGAGCCGAGCUGUACCUGCCGUGGGGCGCUCCGCUCACUACAGCCCUGCUCAUAUACCUGGGUGUGACCCUGUUUCUCACCCUUGGCACGGCUGUCAUCUUCCUAUUCAACCUCAGUACCCCUGUUGUGAAGUCGGCCGGAGGGAAGACAUGUCUGCUAAUGCUGGCGUCUCUGACUGUGGCCUCCUGCAGCACCCUGUGCCACUUCAACAGACCCUCCCACAUCGGCUGCCUCCUCAAACAGCCCCUCUUCAUUAUCAGCUUCACUGUGUGCCUGGCGUGUGUGACUGUGCGCUCUUUUCAGGUGGUUUGUAUAUUUAAAUGGUCCUCCAAGCUGCCAAGAUCCUAUGAGACCUGGGCUAAGAAUCGAGGCCCUGAGAUGUUCAUCUUCAUCACGACAGUGGUGGAGGUCUUCAUCUCUCUUCUUCGCAUGCUCCUCGACCCUCCCUUUCCAUCUCGGGACUAUGACUUCUACAGUGACAGCAUUAUUCUGGAGUGCAGUAAGACUCUGUCUCUCGGGGCCUUCGCUGAGCUCUUUUUUGUGUGUGUGUUGAGUUUAAUUUGUUUCUGCCUGAGCUACAUGGGAAAAGAUCUGCCGGCCAAUUAUAAUGAGGCCAAAUGCAUUACAUUUAGUCUCAUGAUAUAUAUGAUUUCUUGGAUCACAUUCUUCACAGCUUACUGCAUUUCCAGAGGGAGCUUCGCCAUGGCCCUAAACGUAGGCGCCAUUCUAUUUAGUGUGCUAGGAAUACUCGGUGGCUACUUUUUGCCAAAGGUGUACAUAAUCAUGAUAAAGCCCCAAUUGAAUACAGCAGCUCACUUUCAAAACUGCAUUCAAAUGUACACCAUGUCCAUGCAGUGA